ACAAGAGAAAUAUAAGUUUGAUUGAUUACAAAUGAUAUGUUGACAUAAAGGAUUUCUUGAAUUCUUCUCAAGGUGUGUUUCUGAUUGGAAUUCUGAUAAGUUAGAUGAUUCAUAUACCCCGGUCACACCGAGUGACCGUUCUCAGACCUUGAGAUCACCGACUAGAUCGAUGCCACUGGGGUUAAUGUAACUGGUAACCGGUCUAUUGUUAGUCUAGUGUCGGUCUCACCGGGUGUGACUGAGGUUUCAAGGAUAGAUGCUGUCUGUCCUAUCCCACCUCCUCCACCAUUCCUCCAAAUAUGUCACAGACUAGAUGAUGAUCAGUUCGUCAUACCUAAUGUUGUUGUCAUUUAUACGUACAUCAUCUUGGCAUUCAGUCACCAGAAUCAAAGAAACGCUUUGAAAAGUUGCUUCUUUUAGAUCUCUUGCUCGUAAUCAAUUUGAAAUAGUUCUACUUAAAAGUGAUUUAUGAAAUACUGAUUUUGCAAUGGACAUGAAAAGGAAUAACUCUUUUUGCUUAUUCGUCAUUGAUUUGAUAUUUUUAGUUUCAUGGAUUCAACAAUCAAAUGGAGAAUGUGAAGCUCCUACCCUGUCGGAUGAGUCCCAAGUCAUUGUUACUCCUGACCAAAGUGUUUACAGCGAUUGGUCCUAUGUUCAACUAUCAUGUAAUGACGGCUAUACCGAAGGAGGGUCUGUCUACAGCUAUUGCUAUCCCGACACCGGCUGGAAUCCUGAUCCUUCCCUCUUCUUUUGCUAUGCUGGUUGUACAGCCCCAAACCUAACCUCUGACACGAUCCAAUACCCGUAUGGUGCUUCAUAUGCUGCUACACAAGACUCGUAUAUGCACAAUGACGUCAUCGUAUACACAUGCGCUGAAGGGUUAGAUGGGACUCUUGUAGGCCCUGAUCAGGCGACAUGUAUUGACGGCUCCUGGGAACCAUUCUUAGAACCUUAUUGUACAGAUUACACGACAGACUCUCCAAACAACGAUACAUCCGCUUCGUCUCCGACUCCUUCAGGAUCAACAAGCAAUACUCCAGAAACAUCUGGAUCGACUUCUCCUACAGAUCCUACACAAACUACAACAAUGUCACCAACAGUUACACAUACUAAUAUCCUUACUGCAGCCACAGAGGAUUCAUCUACAGAAUUUCCAACCCAGACCGCCACUGGACCUUCUACACUGACCACAGAUCCACUGGACGUGACAACAUUCCGUUUAACCACAACCAAAGAAAAAUCAGACCAUCCUACAACAUCAUCGGAUGAAGGGUUCCCCUCAACAGAUUUGCCUACUACCGGGAUGACUACUUUGGUCACCGAAACGACACAAUAUCUAGAAGAUGUCACUGGGGAUGUCGCAAUAACUACACCUGAUCCGGUAACAUCCAGUGUUACCUCGCAAGAAUAUUCUACACUGACAAUGAGUUCAGACCGUAUUUCCACUGAAACAGAAACGAUGGUAACCAAUCAAUUCACUUCCAUGUCCAGUAUACCACAGUCACACCCACAGCGGACAACAGACUUAGGGAAUUUUACAACUGAAACAAACAAUUUAGAUUUGACAGAUAUGGUAACUGAUCUCAUAUCUACAAACUUGGUUACAGAAACACAAACAGAAACCGAUGGAGUUAUAACCACUGAAGAUAUCUUAACAGAUAUCACCACGGCCUCGACGAAUAGAGUGACUACUGUCGCGACUGAGCUUGUUUCAAAACCAGACAUUGACAUAACUCAAAUUACAGAAGAAUUGGCUACCUCUAAUACUGUUAAUACCACUCAGAUAUUCGAUGUCACGCAAGAUACGUCUUCAUUAAUAACAAGUGCCACAGAGACUGUGGAAACCGAAGCAGGAACGACCUUCCAGACGGUUACAGAUGGUGACAUGACAACACAGAUCCAACAGUCACUUCCGACAAAUACGGAGCCUGAUUAUGAGUAUAUCACAACCACCGGCAAUGAGGUCAAUGGCACAACAGUUAUAUUUGGCACAGAGGCAAUAACGCCAUUUCCUUCGGAUACAACUACUGGUGUAGAGUCUAGCACUGAAGGAACUGUGACUGAUGGUAAAGAUGUUUUCUCGUCGAAAAACCCUAUCCCCACCACUGAGAAUGCAUUAACAACAGAUUUAGUAACUCCCCCAUACACAACAACAGGGUAUCAGGUAUCCCCGGAAGAAAAUCCGGAUUCAUCUACGAGUAUCACCCACACAACAGAUGCUGACGAUUUGUUAACUACUGUUACAUCUGUCACAGACGAGGAUUAUCAGACCACAAAUCUAGACACCACUGAUGGAGCAGAGAGCACAGUCUCUUCCGAAUUAACUUCAUAUUCUACUAAAUACACGGCUUCAAACAACCAGACAACAGAUAUCCCCGCAUCCACUAUGGUGACGAUGGGUGAUACAACCGGUGUAACGGACAGAGAGGUGACAACUCUCCCAGAUGCAUCUACAACAAAUGUAACAAGUACCAAAGGGGAACAAAGUACAGAAUGGCUAGUUUCUGAUACGUCCACUGACAGCUCUAUCAUAUUCACGUCACUGAUGUAUACAGCGACUGAUCAGGCCACAGUGGAUUUGACUGAUACGUAUCUGCCAGGUACGACAAUUGAAACGCCUACAUCAACUGCAGGAGAAGGAGCAACUUCGCUUCUAACAGAAAUUACGUCACAGAGGGGUUUUACAACGUCGCCAAAGACAACGAUUCAUGAGAAAGCUUCGACUAUUAAACCAACAGAGGCCAGGAAAACUGAACCAUCUAAGACUACCCAGUAUUAUUCUUCUGAUCCACCGGCUUCUGUUAGUACUGAUGCAGGGCUUGAAACAACUGCUACGACAUAUUCACCGCAAGACACUACCACGCAUAGUACCACGAUUCCUGGGAAAGUUACGACAGAUAAACCAACCGAGCCCCGGAAAACUGAGCCAGCAAAGACAUCCCUCCAUCACACUUCAGUUACAACGUCUGCGGCUACCUCUAUUAUGGAUCUCUGA